AUGGACGAGAACAGUAGGAGAAGGAGGCAGAAUGAGCCGCCCUAUAUGGGAUCAUCGUCGGAUCCUCGCUUCGGCGCUGCUGGCCAAGGGCAAGGGCGAGGUUUCGCGAGCUCGUCGACAGAGAGAUAUCGAGGCGCUCCAUUGACCACCUCAUCGCCGUCUGGAGGAAGGGGAGCUGGAGGCUCAGGUGGAACAGGAACGUACUCGGGAUACUACCAGGAGCCGUCGUCCUCGUUCAACCCCUCGUUGCCCGCAAAUGCGUUACAAUAUUCGCAAGCCUACCCUCAAGACCAGCGACAGCAGCAGGGUUUUACCACUUACAACACAGAUCUCAUGUACAAUGUUGCACAACCAUCCCAACAGAGCACCGUCUACGACUCGUCCCAGCAAUUUCCAGCACGGCAGCCUGCAGCAAUGCAAAUGCUUUCGGAUGUUGCAGCACCAUAUUUCCCAAACGAGCCCACCAGUGCGCCGGGCCCUCCUGCGCUGCAACACCACGCAUCGUCGGCCUCAACUGGCGUGUAUCAACAGCAUCACCAGAGCCCAAGUGACCGAUCGAUGAUGCAGCAGGGGUAUCCAAACCAGAUGGCGAUGGGAGGUAUUCCUCAGCCUGCGCAAGAACUGAUGGAGGAAGACGACUUCCAAGCACAAGGUCCAGGGCUGGAGGCGGCGUAUACAGCUUAUCAGACAGCUUUGAAAGACAUUUUCCAGAACAUUAUCGACCGCCGGCUUGCGGUCGCCGGACAAUCUCUGCUGGAGGUAUCAGAAUGGCUAUUGGGGCAUGUUGGAGAUUUAGGUCUUACUGUAGAUGAACACGCACUCCACAGCGAUCGAAUAAGACUAUGGGGCGAGUUCAAUACCGCCUGGCUCAGUAUAUUUACAACGCAGAAAAUCAUGCUAGAAACAGGCCAGCGGAUCCAGCACCCCCAGAAUAUCAUGACACAAGAGUUUAUCAGUAAGAUGGCGAAAGACCUGAUCCGGAUGUGCGACGCAGUCGAAAAGCAUGGCCUGGUCGACUACCAAUAUGGUGUCGCAGAGGAACAGAUAAUCACAGUUCUCAGUGAAUGCCUCGACCUGCAAGAAUCGAUAGAAGGAAGUGGCCAGAAUCGCACAAGGCCACCUCCUUAA